AUGUCACCAACGGGACAGGUAUCCAAAUCAAAGACGCCAACGCCACACGAUAACGAUAACAAUAGCAUUAGUGACGAUCGCGAAACAUGGAGCGGCAAAGUGGAUUUUUUAUUAUCGGUUAUUGGAUUCGCCGUCGAUUUAGCAAACGUCUGGAGAUUUCCCUAUUUGUGUUACAAAAAUGGAGGUGGCGCAUUUCUUGUGCCCUAUUGCAUUAUGUUGGUGGUCGGAGGCAUACCUCUAUUCUACAUGGAACUGGCCCUUGGUCAGCACAAUCGUAAGGGUGCCAUUACCUGUUGGGGUCGCCUAGUGCCACUCUUCAAAGGAAUCGGUUAUGCGGUGGUGCUGAUAGCCUUCUAUGUGGACUUCUACUAUAAUGUGAUUAUUGCCUGGUCGUUGCGUUUCUUUUUUGCAUCCUUCACCAGCUCAUUGCCCUGGACAUCGUGCAAUAAUAUUUGGAAUACACCCAAUUGUAAACCUUUUGAGAGCCAGAAUGCUACUCGUGUGUCAGUGAUAGGCAAUUACAGUGACUAUUAUAGCCUGGGCAAUCAGAGUUUGCUCUAUAAUGAGUCUUAUAUAAAUGGUUCAAUGACGGGCUUGGAAUCCCCUUCGGGAGGUCACAUCGAGGGCUUUCAAUCUGCUGCCUCCGAGUAUUUUAAUCGUUACAUUUUGGAGCUUAACCAAAGCGAGGGCAUACACGACUUGGGCGCCAUCAAAUGGGACAUGGCCUUGUGUCUACUGAUUGUCUAUUUAAUCUGCUAUUUCUCCCUGUGGAAGGGUAUCAGUACUUCCGGCAAGGUUGUCUGGUUCACAGCCCUCUUUCCCUACGUGGUGCUACUAAUUCUACUGAUCCGGGGUCUCACUUUGCCAGGAUCUUUCCUGGGCAUUCAGUAUUAUCUUACACCCAACUUUAGUGCCAUUUAUAAGGCAGAGGUUUGGGUGGAUGCAGCCACUCAGGUGUUCUUCUCCCUGGGUCCUGGAUUUGGUGUACUUUUAGCCUAUGCAUCCUACAACAAGUAUCACAAUAAUGUGUACAAAGACGCCUUGCUUACCAGUUUCAUUAAUUCGGCCACCAGUUUUAUAGCAGGAUUUGUGAUAUUCUCAGUUUUGGGUUAUAUGGCUCACACAUUGGGCGUGAGAAUUGAGGAUGUGGCCACUGAAGGUCCUGGCUUGGUAUUUGUGGUCUAUCCAGCUGCCAUUGCCACCAUGCCGGCCAGUACUUUCUGGGCAUUGAUAUUCUUUAUGAUGCUGCUCACUCUGGGAUUAGAUAGUUCGUUUGGCGGUUCGGAGGCCAUUAUAACCGCCUUGAGUGAUGAGUUCCCAAAGAUACGAAAGAACCGGGAACUGUUUGUUGCUGGUCUGUUUUCCCUGUAUUUUGUGGUUGGAUUGGCCAGUUGCACUCAGGGAGGAUUCUAUUUCUUCCAUUUGUUGGAUCGCUAUGCUGCCGGGUACUCAAUCCUGGUGGCCGUGUUCUUCGAGGCGAUUGCCGUGUCCUGGAUCUAUGGUACCAACCGAUUCAGUGAGGAUAUUAGAGAUAUGAUUGGCUUUCCGCCGGGGAGAUAUUGGCAGGUGUGCUGGCGUUUUGUGGCUCCGAUUUUCCUGCUCUUCAUCACAGUCUAUGGCUUGAUUGGUUAUGAACCCCUGACUUAUGCGGAUUAUGUGUAUCCCAGUUGGGCCAAUGCCCUGGGCUGGUGCAUAGCCGGUUCGUCGGUGGUAAUGAUUCCCACGGUGGCCAUAUUUAAGCUACUUUCAACGCCGGGAAGUCUGCGGCAGAGGUUAACCACAUUGACAACACCGUGGCGAGAUCAACAAUCGAUGCAAAUGGUGCUGAAUGGUGUCACCACCGAGGUCACUGUGGUGCGUCUGACCGAUACGGAAACCGCCAAGGAACCCGUCGAUGUCUGAGUUCGACCUAUUGCUCGUUUUCAAAUUUACUACGUUUAGAUUUGGAAAUUUACCAACAACUCAUGUUCACAUACUUGUGGCAUUCCGGGAGAGUGUUAGCGGUUUUUUUUUAAUUUGUUGGACAUUAGGAAAGCAAGGUCCUGGAGGAUCGGCUAAUUUCGCAAACAACGUACUUAGGUUUCGGCACCGGUAGAGGAAAAAACCAAAAGAGACAGAGAACAGCGUCAAGCCAUAAGUCCUAAGUUAAGAUUAGCUUGUAGUUUGUAUGGUUAAUGCCAGUUAUAUACCAUACACAUAUUUAUAUAUCUAUAUAUAUAAAAUGCUGUGUAGAUAAUACCAAAAACCCAAUAGAACGGAAAGCCAGCCGUCGUUUAAAUCACCUUAAAAGAAAUUUUCCAAAGAACGUAUGCAUGUGCCAAUGGAAUUAACCACACGAUCGUAGCUCAAAUUGGAUGAAAUUGGGCAUAGAAUCUGUACAUACACAAGAAUCAAUGAUGUAAAAGCUUUAAACAUGUUAUAGGAUAUGUCUCACGGAACUGAAGCAUAGAAAGCUGCCCCAAAAUCCUCUCAGACAGCCAUUGAGGGGAUUUUGUCAUAUAUGCCAAGGUUUUCUUCUAGACUCAUUUAUAUUCCCCCGUCCAGCCAACUGCUAUUGAUUGCUUAAAGCAGCCAUUUUAAGCAAUCAAUUGGGAGUUACGAAAACAUUCCCAAUUCAAUAGAUAAUUUAUGUAUAUAGAUUUUAUGAUGUUUUGUAAUUAUUUUAAAGGUUUCUUUCACACUGAAGCAGAACUA